AUAAAACAUUGGCCUUGUCGCACCACCACUGCGGUGGAGAUGUCAGCCUGGACCAAGAGCCUGCUGGACACAUCAAUCUCACUUUACCUGGACUUUUUACUGACACCAACAGACUCAACCCCAUGAACCUCCAGUCUGACGAAACCCAGCCCGUUUCAGUUUGUUCUUGGGUGAUAGGUAUUCCUCUGGGUCGGACGGUACUUCUAAAGGUGGUGUGGUUGGAAAGUGGUUCGAGCAUAUCAGUGCGCUGUGUUUGGAACAAGCAAGACCAGGUCCUGGAGAGCGGGGGGACAGCUCUGCUCUCGGGCUGUGAUAGAAACAAAGCCACCCUCUCUUGGACAGGAGCAGGACACCACUCAAAUGGCAUUCAGCUGUCCUAUUAUGUCCAGGAAGAUGAGAGGAAUUCCUCGGAGGACCACACCAGCCCACAUUCAGACCAAGACUCCUUACGUUGGUCUCAGACAGGAACCAGCUUUACAAGCACAGCUCCUGUUGGUCAAGAGGUGGUGAGAGGGACUGAUGGGGGCAGAGGUCGCAUCUAUGAAGGUCUCGAGGAGUGGAGUUCUGGCCCUCGGUCUGUGUCUAGCCCCUCCUCUAAGGACCAGGGGCUGCCGGACCCCACCUCACCCCUGCUUGGACUCGCUGUGGCUGGGAGAGCCGAUAGGGAAACUCUCCCUCUUCCUGAGGAAGAACCAAACAAUAGAGCGGAUGCAUCUGGAGCUGCUCACCUCGCUGAUGGUCCCAUGGCUGCCAGAGAGAGAACACACCCCUAUUUUCAGAAUACACUCAGCACAGACACACUGUCACACACGGCAAACACAGAAACAAUCUUAACCAACAAGGUCCCUCGAACACAAAUGGCACUGAAACAUGCAACGGGAAGUAGCUCCAACACCUUGCUUGGCACUGAUCUACACACAUAUAUAGUCACUCAGACAUCUAAACUGCCUGUAACAACACAAUCUCACCCCACUAUUUCCAGCUCUAGUAUCCCACCUCUCACCUCUUCUCCCUCUGACCUACCUUCCUGGACAACCUGGGAGAGUGACACCAUCCUAAACCCACGUGUAAGAGCUGUUAGUGGGGCACCUGGAGAGAAACUACCCCAUUCCUGGAGGAGCCAGCGAAGCACAGACAGACUUAACUCUGAUCUGACCUCCGCUGUCACGUUUGACCCUUUAAAAUCACAGACCGAACCACAGCCAGGUGACUCAAGCAGUGCACACACUGAUACUGAUCCCACUGCGUCAUCGUCGUCCUCACAGGACCCCAGCAGGGCUCAUUCGUCCACCACCCACAGCAAAGGGCUUGACACUGCUGCUGGUACUGUGGAGGCAAACAGUAGGCACAAUGACUCAUUUGUAUCCACUGCAUCAGAUGUUACCAGUCAAACUGCAGCGUUUGAGUCCUCUGAUGAAUUUGAAAUCACAGAGAUUGUUCACACUUCUUCCACACAGAGUCUAACAGACUCUCCACAAAGUACAGACAGUGUCACACGCUCCCCACUUCCUUACACAUCCUCUUCAUUCACACAGACAAGCAAAGAAGAGACACAAAGUACAGCAACACAAAGUACAGCAAAACAAAGUACGCAAAGAAAUUUUGUUGAUACAUACAUGACUACAGACACUAUCUCCUCCUCGCCUGACAUUAAAGUUGAUGCCUGGACUUCUGCUUCAGGUUCUUCCUCUACUCCCAGAGCAGCACUGACAUUGGGAGAUGUGAUCCAGAACUCAAGUUCCACAGGAACCCCUGCUGACACUGAAACAUAUACACUCAUACAUGACAGCCUACCCACAAAUUCACCAACUCCUGUUCCUCAUUUGUCAUCCAGCACAUCCAUACACUCAUCCACACCUUCAAACACGCUCCAAACACACACUACAUUUUCUGGUAGUUCACAUUUCACCCACACAUCCCUGCCUUUGCCCUCCACUACCACUGAAUCCGCUGCGCACACACCCGUCAUCGACCACAAAACCGCGCCGACCCUCCCCUCGCAAACGUCAACAGUCAAAUCUUCAUACACAACUCACACACCAAACCACCUGCCUUUGCCAUCUUCCACUAAUGUCCCAGCUACGCAUAAACAGUCCCACGACUAUAUUACUACCACACAUACUUCGCUGCUCUCACCCACAAUAGAUAGAGAGGUAAAGAAAGAAGAUGAGUCUCUGCAGUCGUUUCCCAGCAGCACAACCACACAGACUCCUACAGCUAGACCUUCGCAGCAACCUCCACUCUGGACAACUCCAAAUCCCAGCCAGGAGAACCAUACACCUUCAGUUGUAACCUCUGUACCCACUCGGAGCUCAACAACUAGUCAAAGACCCAAGUUCUACAUCGUGCCAGACCAGCCUGCAGCCAUCAGAGUUGAGUCAAUUAAGCUGCUGCUGCAGAUAAUUGUGGAAGAAUCCAGAUCAGCUUUUACUUCUGACUUGGAGAAAGACACAGCUGCCUGGGUGGAGCCAUACCUACAGAGAGCCCCGGGGUUCAGCAGCCUGCUGGGAGUCUGGAGCAGUGGUCAUGCAGUGCAGAGUCUGGUGGAGUUUAAAACCAGCGGGGCUCUGCAGUGGCUCAGCAUGACGGGACCCACAUCACUGUUGGAACGAACAGGAUUAGCUCAGGCUGUUCGCGAGAGGAGGAGCAUCAGAUCGUCCAAGAUCACCAACAUCACACUGGGAGGUCUGCAGGGUGAUGUGUGCGACUGGCUGCUGCAGUGCCAAGCAGGCUACAAGUGUAUGUCGCAGCCUGGCACUUCAAACUAUAGCUGUUCUUCUGUCUGCCACUUUGACUACUGCCACCACCAUGGCAUCUGUACACACCACCCAGGCCAACUUCCAGUUUGCCACUGCCUUGUAGGAGAGGACUUCUGGUACAUGGGUCAGAGAUGUGACGUGAGGAUGACUCGAGCGCGCCUCGUGGGUGCAUGUCUUGCCAUAUUACUCAUCAUGGUGACAGUGAUUGGCGUUUUGGCCUGUGUGGCAGUACGACGCUAUCGAGCCAUUCUCAUCCAGGCCAAAGUAGAUCAGACUCGGAGCAGCUAUCGCAGGUUCAACCAUUUUGAUGAGCUGUCAGGACGCUUCUGGUUGCGUUCGUGGGCAGGAUCAGCGGACUCACUGGAUAAUCCUGCCUUCACACGCUCCGAUGAGUUGCUGCACCUGCGGGCGCUCGACCGCCCCUGCUGUUACCACGACGACACACUGUCGCUGGCAUCCACCUGCCCCAGCCAUGGGACGCGCAUCAAUACAAUCUACCCCCACAGUUCUCAGUAUGGUCUGAGGGGAAGCGAGAUGAGCAUGGGGGAUGGUGUGUUGGACUCGGGUAAGGCCAGUGACCUUUCUGUCUGUAGCUGGCCUGUGGAACCCAUUCAGUGGACUCCUUUCCCACUUCUGCAGCAACUGGCUUCCCACAGGACGCCCACAGUGAGGGUGUCAAGACCACGGUCCUACUGUGAAGGCAUGGAGCUGGUAGACCUGGGGAAGAGCUGGACUGCUUGACAAGACAUAAAGAAGAAUCUGAUCUGUUCUGACACUGGUAUUUGCAGCUAAUUUUUGCAUUCUGGCCUUGUUUUGUUGAUAAAAAACAGUAAAACAAUAAGUGUAAAAUGUGUAUAUAAGUGUAUAUUUUUUGUUAAAGUGUUGCUAUAUUGUCCAGUUUGAAUCUUGAAUGUGUUUCAUAUAUGCUUCCUCUAACCCUAAUCCUCUGAUGUAGGAUAUACUGUAAAGAUAAAAAAAAGAGGCUGUCUAAAUGUCUAUGGCACAGAGUCUUAUAUGAUGCUUUAAUAAACCCAAAUCUUACUCAGGGCAAGAAUGAAUGUAAUGCUUUGUUUUUUUGUGCAUUUAAACAUACUGAGCUUUUCCUCUCUGAGGUCAUGGCUUAGUGAGGAAAGUUUAUUUGUGUAGCACAUUACAUGCACAAGGGCAGUGCUCUACAUAAUGCAUUAAAACAUGUUAGAGAAAGUACAGCA